ACGCCAUUUUGUCAUAUUCCUCUCUCCCGGGAACCUUCUUUCUUAAACCUCAACACCAACCAGCCACAGGGCUUUGCAAUGCAAACUUUUCUCUUUUCAAAAUGGAGCUUACACUAAUUAUCAUUAACUAACCAAUCUCAGUGGGUAAAGAGAACCACAAUACUGCAUUUGGCAUCACACUCACACCACAAUCAUGGGUCAGGCAUUUCGUCGUGCAUCUGGGAGAAUCCGUGCAGCUUCCGAGGCUGACCCAUCAUCCUUGUACAAACCAAAGACCACAGUUGAUCGCCGGCCAGAGUCCAAGGCCUCGGAAAAACCGAAAGUUGCCGAGCAAGUCUUUAUUGACGCGGAUGAUCGUCCUAGAGUUAACAUGGACAACAUCCUGGAAGACAGAGAUCCCAAUUAUGACGCUAUGCUUGGUAAAAUGGUUGGUAGAAUUACAUCAAAGCCUGGGGGAAAACCUGAGAUGGGAGAGGCCUUCUUGGUUGAGAAGUAUAAUAGGCCUAUGCCAAAAUUACGAAACACAAAGCCAGAUUCUGGUCAUUAUGAGGAAAGGCCAGUUCCUGCUGGCACUUUGAAUGUAGCACAGUUGCGCCGUAUCAUGCUCUUGCAUGAAGGCAAGGCUGAUGAUCACGAUGGGCCUAUGGAUGCUCACCAAAUUGCUGAAAAGUUUCAGGUCGACGUUGUUCAGAUUCAGAGAAUCUUGCAUUUCUUAUCGCAACCUCCAGAAGGAAGCAAUAAAGAUAAGAACGAAGCAUCAAGAUAAAUAGCUUUACCAGCAUUGCAAACUUGUUCCUGCUGACAAAAGGCCUUUUUCUAAAUGGAUUUGAGGGGUGGACGAAGUCUUGCCUAUUAAGAAUGGUAGGUCAACCGAAAGUUGUAUGCCAAAGGCCAUGACCUCAGGUCUUUAUUUACUUGUAAUUGACUGUAUUACGAAGUGCUUGUGCGGCUGGAUUUUGUUAGGACAUAGCGAUAUCAACAGUUGAAUUUGUCACUCUCACGGAAACUAACUUUGGAGAGAGUUGCAAUAAGGGCUUUGUAACCCAACAGUUGAGCUUUUGCUCUUUUUAAAGUGCUACACAACAAUCUUCAUUCAAGCCUCUACAUCUAUUAAAAUAGGAGCAAACUGGUUUUGGCUUU